AUGUGUUCAUUCACGACACUCGAGAGAUUGCUGGAUCCCUGGUACGAGCUUACCGUAUCCAACCAAGUCAUCGCUCCGGAUGGAUACCUGACUGAUGGAAUGGUAGUCAAUGGACAAUACCCGGGACCAACCAUUGAGGCCAAUUGGGGUGAUACUCUGCGGAUCACGGUGCAUAACAACUUGACCAACGAUAAUGGCACCGCCAUGCACUGGCACGGAAUCCGCCAAUCCAUGACAAAUUGGUUGGAUGGCGUUCCAGGUGUGACUCAAUGUCCAAGCAAGCCAGGGUCGUCACAAGUCUACGAGUUCAGGGCUAUGCAAUACGGGACCUCUUGGUAUCAUUCCCACUUCAGUAUCCAGUACACAAAUGGGGUCUAUGGGGCGCUAAAAAUCAACGGACCAAGUAGUAUGGACUACGAUGUCGAUCUGGGCCCGAUUCUUAUGAGCGAUUGGUACCAUGCCGAUGCUUUCGGACUGUAUCCUAUCGAGAUCCUGACACCACACGCCCCCAUGCCAUCGAGUGAUGUUAUGAAUGGAAAAGGUGUCUUUGAUUGCGAUCCUUCCACGGACCCCCGAUGCACUGGAAAGCGGGAACGACACGAGAUCGUCUUCAAAAAAGGAACCACAUACAAACUUGGUCUGGUGAAUGCGGGAAGUCUCCUCACGUACAAGUUUUGGAUCGAUGGGCAUAAAUUCACCGUCAUCCAAAAUGACUUUGUGCCCAUCGAACCGUAUGAGACGGAUGUUUUGAUUGUUGGCAUCGGACAACGCUAUGAGAUUCUGAUCGAAGCGGAUGCCGAUUUUACCAACGGGACGAACUUCUGGAUGCACGCCAACUACUGUGACAUCGACACAUGGGAGUCCCGACUCGGAAUCAUCCGAUACGAUGCUCAGGAUACCAGCGAUCCCUAUACCCCUCCUGUUAGCGAGCAGCACUACGGAUUUGGUUGUCAAGAUCCCCCACCAGAGAGUCUCGUUCCUAUUGUGAAGAGGCAUGUGGGCCAGAACGUGAACAGCUUCGAUACACCGGACUAUCUGCGCAUUGGAUUGCAGGCGUGGCCUAACGUGUCGGACCCCAACUCUCGCAUCCACACCUGGCUACUAACCAACCGGAGCAUCUACCUCGACUGGACCGAUCCCAGUGUCAAGAAACUCACCUUGGACGAGGACUCUGAAUUUCCACCUGACACCACACCCAUCACGCUAGACUUUGAGACUGGGGACUGGGUGUACUUCCUCAUCCUGAAUAACUACACAUUAAGCGAUGCUGCCACGGAACGAACCAUCCCUCGGUCGGUUCAUCCUAUCCACUUACACGGUCAUGACUAUGUCAUUCUGGCUCAGGGUGAGGGACCCUUCCCCGAGGACUUGGUUCCCAAUCUGGAUAACCCCGCCAGGAGAGAUGUUGCCAACUGUCCCAUUGGGGGGUAUCUCUGGAUUGCUUUCCAAAUCAAUAACCCUGGUGCCUGGCUGAUGCAUUGCCAUAUUGCUUGGCAUGCUAGUGCCGGACUCGGACUCCAGUUCCUUGAACAGCCCAGUCGGAUAAAGCCCAUGAUGCAGAAGGCUGGGGUUUUGCCCGAGUUGGAGGAUCGUUGUAACGAGUGGACGGACUGGUAUAAUAACCACAAUAUUCCGAAUAAUACGACACAGGAGGAUUCGGGGAUUUGA